AUGGGACUAAAACAAGAGACAACUAUCGAUGACCUGCCAUUAACGGUUACAGAAACAAUUGUCAUUCUUCCUGGAAUAAAUUUUCAACAAGGAAAAGAGUAUACACUAACACAUAUCACUCCAGAAGAAUCUAGUUUUUCUAAAUCACUUAAUAAUAAGGAAAACCCUCCGAACGAAUCGUUAAAACGUCGUAAUUUAGGGAUAUUAGAUAAUACCAUUGAUGAAGUACUUCCAAUCCAAACGCUGCUAAUUGCCUCGUUACCCCAAACACCACUACCGUUUUCUUAUUUUUUUACGGGAAUUGUAGCUGGGUUUACUUCGGUACUAUUGGUGAUGCUCAUUUUUAUUCGAUUUUUUAUUUUUGCAGGCCCACCACAAGAUAAGCGAGAUUAUCAAUCGCAUAUUAGACAACUGCGACAGGCAAAACUUCUUCCAGAUGAAGAAGCAACAUCAAGCACAAUUCUUGAAAAAACAUAUUAUAACGUUAAUUCACAUCCUCCCGAGUCACUUGCAUGGUUUACAGUUUUAAUCGCUCAAGCAGUUGCUCAUUUGCGAGAUGAUGCUAAGCAAUACGACAAUCUUUUAAACGCAAUAUCAAAAGCAUUGAACAGUGAUAAAAUUCCCAGUUAUGUUGGAAAAAUUGAUGUUACAGAACUCAACAUUGGCAAUAAUUUCCCAAUAUUUAGUAAUUGCCGAGUCAUUACUCGCGAAGAAAAUAACGAAUUUAAAGAAAACAAUAAUCAAAUUAAUGAAAAAAAAAAGGAUAUAAAUGGAGGAUAUAGUAUUAAUGGUAAGGGAAGUUGCGACCAAAGUUCAUCUAAGCCAGAAACAGGACAAUUGCCAACAGGAUCUAAUCAUGGCUACAAUCACUUAAAUUCCAAAAAAAACCGAAAAGGGAAAUUUGGAAAUAUAAAUAACGAUUUGAGAGACAACGAUAUGCUUUUAGAACUUUUACUUGAUGUAGAUCUUUCGGACCAUAUUACUUUGGGAAUUGACACUCAGUUAGUAAUUAAUUUUCCCAGACCAUCCUUUGCAAUUUUACCAGUUUCUUUGAUUGUUUCUAUAGUAAACUUUUCAGGAACGCUGAAAAUUGCAUUACAUCAACAAGAAACCUUUUCCCAAGAAUCUGAUACAGAAGAUAUCGAGCAAAAAAAUUCUAAGUUUUCACAAAAAACUCAAGAGUAUACCGGACCAUCCACUAAGACAGACGAAAGUGAUAAUCUACACAAAUUAUCGUCUGAUUCAAAUAAACCUGUUGAAUCGGAUGCAACCAAAACGGAACUUGAUGCUACUCAAGAUAGUAAUGACGAAACCCCUAAUUUUAAAAAAAAAAAUCGACCUUAUAUUACUAUAUCUUUUGAUCAAUACCCGACUAUAGAAUUUGAUAUAAGAUCAUCAAUUGGCUCAGUUUCAAAACUUAAGGAUAUCCCUAAAAUUGCACAGUUAGUAGAAACUCAACUUAAAAAAGCUGUUAGAAAUAAUUUAGUAUAUCCUUAUGAAAGACAAAUUUUUCUUCCAGAGAUUUGGCCAGAUCCAGUAGACCUUACUUCUUCUCUGGAAAAAAAUAAAUCCUCAAAUGCUGUUUUGAAACCUUUCACAGGAUCUUCUAAUUAUCAGGGAUCGUCAAUCAAUACUGGGAAUUCCAAUUCCCUUAGCCAGGACCGUGAAGAAUCUACUACAGGCACUUCAUAUGGUAUAAGUAGUAGUACCCAUACAAACGGUAGUACUAUUCCAGUUCAGGACCAAGAGACAAUACACUUCACCACUCCUCGUCUCCAUCCACGAUCUUUUUCAUCAGUAAGCCAGCUCGCAUCUAAUACAGCCACUACUUUACCAUAUUUUCGCACAAUUUCACCAGAGCAACAACAAGAUGAUCAUUCUGCUAUUAUAUAA